AUGGAAUGUUUGAAUGCCGUUUUGUCACGCUUGGACCGCACAGAGGCUGACAUCUUCAACGUCACACAAGAGUUGGCUGUCCUGCGUGAAUGUCUUGCAAAAUCUGGGGCUCUGAGCCAAGAAGUGUUCAAAGCGCGACUCCAUCACAGGCGUUUUGAAGCACUUCGACAACAUGUCGAGCCGCCAUUGGUGCAGAGCAGAGACGAGUCUCUCUACGAUGCUCUGGAUCAUGCCAGCCUACUCCUUCCGAUCGUACAGUUUUCAGGUUUGCAAUGUACUUCUGCGUUGGAGAGGUCUUCCAAGCAAGCUGUGACCGCGCUGCGGAGAUUGAUGGGUCCGAUCAAAGCCUGCUUUACAAAGCUGUAUGUUUGCGGCGGGUGCCAAAGAAGCACCGACAUUGAAGCAGGCCAUGUGACAGUUCCGCCACUGAUAAAUGUGGUUAAUACAGUUGAACGAAUGGAUCUGAACCAGAUGUUAGAUGCUACGGUAUUUCCAGACUGGGAGGUGCUGCGGAGUGGCCCUGAGAUGACGUCUCGAUCGGAUGCAGUCGCGGCAAUCUUGCAGGGAAGCUUGUACAUCUGUGGUGGACAGGACGGCAUGGGGGUGCUGAACAGUGCAUGUCGUUUUCAUCCUGCUCGUGGCGACUGGGAGGUGUUGCCGUCCAUGUGGCAGGGGCGCUGGAAUGCAACAGGAGGAGCUGUGGAUGGGUGCCUUUAUGUUUGUGGCGGAGCAGACAGCAGUAGCCCUCUCAAUUCCAGCGAGCGUUUCAAUCCUCUUACUCAUACAUGGGAAGUCAUGAGUCCUAUGCUUCGUCAACGUUCAGGCUCGGUGAGUGCCAUUUUGGGAAAAGCCCUGCUUGUGGCGGGUGGUGGCGAUGGCCAGCAGCCCCUAAGUUCAGCGGAACGUUUUUCAUCUUCCAGCGCAAGCUGGGAAGUCCUGCCCGCCAUGGCCCACCGCCGUAUUGGAGCCGUUUCGGCUGUCCUUCAUGAGUGCUGGUAUGUUUGUGGAGGUGGAGAUGGUCACCACGUGCUGGAUUCUGUUGAAAUGUUCCACACGCAGCGUCUGUGCUGGGAAAAACUUGCUCCUAUGACAUGUCCCCGUUGGGGCAGCGUCGUUGGUGUGCUGGGUCAUCACUUAUACGUGUGUGGUGGUGGCACGGGACAAUCUGUGUUGCGCGGAGCCGAGCGCUACAACACCGAAAGCCGGACUUGGGAGGAGCUACCGCCUAUGCAAAGCCACAGAUGGGGUGCGACCUGUGUGGUGGCUUUGGGUUGCGUCUAUGUGCUCGGUGGAAGCAGCGGCACAGCGCCACUGGAUACAGCGGAACGCUUCAACCCUGCAGCUUGCGCCUGGGAACAGUUGCCCAACAUGGGACAGCCGCGAUACAGGGGAGCAGCUGCCAUUGUUAUUGGCUGA